CCUGCAAAAAAUGGCGAUCUCGGCCGUCGGCGCCCGAUCUAGGGUCAUAGCGCGCGUUCUCUCCUCCUCCCUCCUCGGCCGCGCCGGAGUCCUCCCCACCGCCCGCCGCGCCUCCUGCAUCAACAGGUUGCCCCUGGUGUCCGGGACGUUGCUCUCCGCGCUCCCUCUCCACAGCGCCAUCGCGUCCGCGCGGUUACGAUCCGCGAUCGCCCCCGAGUCCCAGAGCUGGGGGUUGGUCCCCCAAGGAAACUGCAUGCCUUUAUGAAAGCACACCAUUUCCCCACUUGAUGUUGUAACCAUCCAAACAUUUAGCAACCUUUUGAAUUAUCGUAAUGUUAGUUCUACAAUCAAAACCGCGGUUGAGCUUAUGAGCAGCUGUCUUCCUAUGAAUAUAGGAAUGAGGACGCGUCAAGCUGUCUUGCAUUGAUGUUAACAGAUAAAUGGAUUAAUCUGUGGAUUACUUUCUGUGCUAUAUCGCACUGUUUAAUGUCAUGCUCACGUGAUCCCGUAUUGCGGCCAAUGCUAU